AUGCACCCCGGGGAGGGGUACAUCCAGCUGGGACUGACCCACAAUGGGUACGUCUCAGACCCCCCACUCCCCGAGAUCCGCACCGCGAACCGCCUGCGCGCGGAGGCGGAAAAGAGGAGAAAGGACAAGGAGAAGGCGACCCGCGAAGGGAAGAGGAAAAGGAAGGAGGACCAUGAGAGGGAGAAUAAGAGGCGGGAGAGGGAAGGCCUCUCGCCGCAGACUACGCCCGAGUCCACCCCGGAGCAGUACAGCUCGUCGUCCACCGGGGUGGACUUCUCAGAGUCCGAGGACCUUGACACGGAGGUUGCCGAAGGCCCUCCUCUGGUCCAGCAACGAGCUGGCGUCGAGGCCUCGGCAUUAGCGACGGUUGAGAAGGGGCCCGCGCCGGCGAUGAUGGAGAAGACGCCCGCGCCGAGGGCGGGCAGGAGGUUACCCGCGCCCGCAGUGGGUAGAAGGUUGUGCACGCCGGCGGCGGACGCGAGGUCACCCAUGCCGACGGUGGGUAGGAGGUCGCCCAUGCCGACGGUGGGUAGGAGGGUGCCCGCAAUGCCCGCGUCCGCGACGGCGGUGGGCAAGACUACACCCGCGCCCGCCGUGACGGCAGUGGGCGAGUCGACGCCCGCGCCCACUACGGCGGGCGUGGGGACCCUCGGGCGGCCGCCGCCGCCGAGGGUGCAACCGGGAGCUGGAGACGAUGCCGGCCGAGGCGGCGUGGAGGACGCCGCUCAGCUGGGAGCUGGAGGAGAAGAGACUAGCGGGGAUGCAUCGGAGUGCCCCAUCAGCCAGACAGAAGGAGAGGUCCCCGCCCCUGAGCCCGCGAGGGCCGGGGACGAGGGUGCCGCAGCAGCGGCGAUGGUGCAGACGGCGCCAGUGGUGGUGCCGGUGGUGGAGGUGCCAGCGGAGGAGACGCCGGAGGCGGGGGCGCCGGGACAUCUCGAAGACCCCUGGGAGGUUGCCGCUGCGGCCGCCGUGCCUGGUGCCAUGCUGGUGGCGGAUAUGCCUGUGGAGGACCCCUGGGAGGUCGCCGUCAUGGCCGUCAGCAUUGUGUCCGCAUCCGAGGGUGGCCUCGGCGCCGGGCCGUCCGAGGAGCCCGAGCGCGAGGGUAGCUGGGCAAUGGUUCAACCCGGGAUCCCCCUGGUGUUUGACCAUAAUGAGCGGUGGGAGUACAAGGCCUGGGGGGAGCAUUACAAGGUCAACGAUGAGAUCCACAACGCCCUCACGCUUGCCCUGGACCUCCAUCAGGGGAGGAGUCUCCAAGUCAGCGACCUGAAGCAGAUGUCGCGCGACAAGAGCAACGAGCUGGCCCAGCAGUACACCAGGGAGCUUGCCCAAGCCCGCCACGAGCGCGACUCGCAGAGAGCCGCAGCCGAGCGGAAGGCCCAAGAGGUCGAGGCACAGGCUACCGAGCUGCGGCAGAAUGCGGUGGUGCAGGAGCAAAAAGACAAGGUGCUCGAGGCAAAGGAGGCCGAGCUCCAGGGCAAGGAGAUGGCCGUCAUGACGCUUACCGACGUCUUGGUGCAUAAGGAUGUCGGCCUCGAGGCGCAGGGGGCCACCCUCCACAACGCAGAGGCCUCCCUGUCGGCGCUCCUAGAGCAGGCGGACGCUGCACGGGCUUAG